AUGGAGUACGUCAAAGCAAUCACUACACGUAGUGGCGUCCAGUUACCAGAAAUACAUAUAAAGCGACCAGCAACUGUCAUAGAAAAGGCACUUGCCAUGGGCGAGGAACAAGUGGAUGAAUUAGACAAAGCCACUAAGGAAAAUCAAGUUGAGUCAUCAGAUAAUCCACAGGUGAAAGCAACUACUCCUGUCAAAGCAUAUGUUCCUCUAAUCCCAUUUCCACAGAGAUUGCAAAAACAAAAGCUCGACAAGCAAUUCCAGAUAUUUUUGGAUGUGUUCAAAAAGUUGCACAUUAUCAGACCAUUUGCUGAAGCUUUAGCUCAAAUGCCCAGCUACGCCAAGUUCAUGAAAGAUAUUCUAUCAAAUAAGAAAAAGUUGGAGGAUAAUGAAACAGUCAUGCUUACUGAGGAGUGUAGCAUAAUUCCCCAACACAAAUUACCACCGAAGUUAAAAGAUCCAUGGAGUUUUACUAUUCCUUGUAACAUUGGUAAUUUAUAUAUAGAUAAAGCAUUAUGUGAUUUAGGAGCUAGCAUUAAUUUAAUGCAUUUAUCUCUUUUUAGAAAAUUAGGUUUGGAAGAAGCAAAACCAACUACAAUCUCAUUGCAGUUGGCUGACAGGUCGAUCAAGCACCCUCGAGCGAACUUUAUUAUUUUGGAUAUGGAGGAAGAUAGGGAUGUCCCCCUCAUAUUUGGUCGCCCAUUUUUCACUACGAGAAGGGCUCUGAUAGAUAUUGAUGUAAUAAAAGAUGCGGUGUCAGAGACAUUCAAACUGGAUCACCCUCAGGAUCCGCUUGAAGCGUGUUUAAUGCAUUCUCAAGAUUUAUCACCAGAAAAGGAGGAAGCAAAAGAAUGUACACGUUAUUUGGCAGCCAUACCACCAUUUUUCAAGCAACCACGUUUGGAGCUCAGUGAAAGACCCAUAACACCUUUACCAUAUAUACAGCAAGCUCUAGCUUUUGAACUCAAACAACUGCCCACUCAUCUUCGUUAUGCAUAUUUGGGGGAAAAGAAUUCACUUCCAGUAAUUAUCUCGAAUAAUCUUAUAGAAUCAGGAGGAUCAAUUGCUGAGGUUGCUUCGAGAGCAUAA